CUUUUUCCCCAACACAACACAACAAUGGUAUGUUUUGAAGUUUAAAGACAUCUUCUGCACGAACCCCUCCCGGAUUAUGUGCCAAGAAGCGGUGCCGUUUUUUAUCUAAUCUAAUGUGAGAGAUGGGCAGGGUCCCGGCUCUUAUUCUGAUGGUCUCUGGCUGCAAGCGAUUCUGCAAGUCACAAAAGUACAGUGGGAUACUCUCAACGUAUCUUUAUAUUUUUGCCAGUGGUCAAUCUUGUAAUCCGGCCCUUCGGUCUCAGACCAGCCAUCUCCAACAUAACAUUUAUUUAGUGACCAAGAAUGCGCAUGCGCUUCUUGGAGCAUAGGCUGAGUAUCCCUUGCGAUACUGUAGAGUGACGUUUUUUUGCAGCUUCUCGUUUGAAAAAAAUCUAACUCAAUGACACAGCCCGCCUCCAAGAAAGUUGCCCCAGCCCCUUUGGCCGCCAAGAGCCAGACGGCCAAGCCUGCCAAGAACCCUCUUUUUGAGACCACGCCCAAAAACUACGGGAUUGGCCAGAGCAUCCAGCCCAAGAGAAACUUGACCAGAUACGUCAAGUGGCCUCAGUACGUCAAAUUGCAGAGACAGAAGAAGAUCUUGAACAUGAGAUUGAAGGUGCCUCCUGCCAUUGCCCAGUUCCAGAACGUCUUGGACAAGAACACCGCCACGCAAACGUUCAAGUUGUUCAACAAGUACAGACCCGAGACUGCCGCCGAGAAGAAGGACAGAUUGACCAAGGAGGCCGCGGCCAUCGCCGAGGGCAAGAAGGCCUUCGACGUGUCUGCCAAGCCCCUUGUAGUUAAGUACGGCUUGAACCACGUAGUGUCGCUUAUCGAAAACAAGAAGGCCAAGUUGGUGCUUAUCGCCAAUGACGUGGACCCCAUCGAGUUGGUGAUUUUCUUGCCUGCGUUGUGCAGAAAGAUGGGUGUGCCAUACGCCAUUGUCAAGGGCAAGGCCAGAUUGGGAACGUUGGUGCACAAGAAGACCUCCUCUGUCGCUGCUUUGACCGAGGUUGCUGCUGCGGACGAGGCCGACUUGGCCAAGUUGGUGUCCACCAUUAACGCCAACUUCAUCGAGAAGUACGAGGACUCCAGGAAGCACUGGGGUGGUGGAAUCAUGGGCAAGAAGCACAACGACAAGGCUGCCAAGAAGGCCAAGCAGAUGGACGUUGCUCCUGUGCAAGCCUAGAUUCUGUCUGCUGGGAUUUCUUCUACCUGUACUAUACACUUGUCUUUAAAAUACAUUUCAAAACCCGUUCCGCAGCUGCGUAUCGUGAUUUUCCAGGAAGUACCGGCCUUCCUGAUGUCUACCUGUACUGUACAUCAUGUCUGGAUUCUAGUCAAGACAUGUGGACUUCCUAAAGCAUAUGUAUACCUUUGUCUGAAAGGCGUUUGUCUGAGAGGCGUUUGGAGCAAAAUGCAGCUCUCGCCGAGAAAGGCAAACUGCUUCCUGUUCUGUUACUCUUAUGUCCAGUGUGCCUGAGGCUCUAAUAAAUUGGCCAUGUCGCACCCCAAUAUUGGGGCCGCGACACCUCAUGUGCCUCCACCCCCCCUUCAAAUAACUGACAUGAAAUCGAUAAAACAGGCGCCUGACUCGUGUUUAUAAAAAUGCC